AACCAGCCAUGUCUAGUAGUAUUUGACAAACCGGAACGAACCGAGAUUCAAACCGAUUUCUAAACCCUAUAAGGAACCUAGAAGCAGAACCUGAAAAGACAUAGAUCCAUCCACCUACUUCCCGGAUUUUUGAUUGCUGUAGCUUCUGGAAUUCCAUUUUCAGCUCCAAAGAUGUCAACUUUCAGCUCCAAAUUAUACUCCAAUGGUGGUAUCGCUUUGUUCCAGAUUAACCAGAGCUCUUCUUUCACAAAGCAUCGCAAAUUCUCCGGAGCAUUGCUUGCUACCAAGACAAAACGAUCCUCGAGGGUGCAGGUUGUAUCCGCUGUUCAAUUCCGACCUUGCAUCGAUAUUCACAAGGGAAAAGUGAAACAAAUAGUUGGAUCCACACUUAGUGACUUGAAGGAAGAUGGUUCAGUUCUCGUUACGAAUUUCGAAUCGGACAAAUCUGCGGAAGAGUAUGCAAAGAUGUACAAAGAAGAUGGGCUUACGGGUGGUCAUGUGAUAAUGCUUGGAGCCGACCCUUUAAGCCAAGCUGCUGCUAUCGGAGCACUACAUGCUUAUCCCGGCGGUUUGCAAGUUGGAGGUGGAAUCAACUCAGAGAAUUGCUUGAGUUACAUAGAGGAGGGAGCAAGCCAUGUCAUUGUCACUUCGUAUGUAUUUAACAAUGGAAAGAUUGAUCUUGAAAGACUCAAAGAUCUUGUAAACAUUGUUGGGAAACAAAGACUUAUAUUGGACCUUAGCUGCAGAAAAAAGGAUGGAAGAUACGCAAUCGUUACUGAUAGAUGGCAGAAGUUCAGCGACGUCUUCCUCGAUGAGAAAUCAUUGGAGUUUCUUGGAGGAUUUGCAGAUGAGUUUCUUGUGCACGGCGUAGAUGUUGAAGGAAAGAAGCUAGGGAUCGAUGAAGAGCUUGUUGCAUUGCUUGGCAACUAUUCUCCGAUUCCAGUAACUUAUGCUGGUGGCGUGACAGUGAUGGAUGAUGUAGAGAGGAUCAAAGAAGCAGGAAAGGGACGUGUGGAUGUAACAGUGGGAAGUGCCUUGGACAUAUUUGGAGGAAAUCUACCUUACAAAGACGUUGUCGCUUGGCAUCACAAGCAAGAAUCCUCCUCAACACUCCACUGACAAUCCCCAUUUUCGUCUUUGCUUUCUUUUAUUUCUCCGACCUCGCAAGAUUAAGCUUUUGUCAAGGGUCAACAUUUUACUACUCUGACUCUAUUUUUUUCCUUCCAUUAAUAUUAUUCAGAUGAUAUAAGGAUUCUCAAAUGAUUUU